AUGGGAGAUAGACACAUUGUCACACAUCAGCUGCACACAGGUAGCUGCACACCAUCAUCAAUAGCUUCCGCACAAUUGCACCAGCAACAUCAUCAAUCAGUUCCACCAGCAACACCAUCAUUCAGCUGCCCCAGCAGCAUCAUUAUCAGCCUCAAGAAAAGGCAUCAUCAACAACAUUUGUUGCACAUUAGCAACAAAAUCACCGUCGUUGCACAUCAGCAACAUCAACAACAGCCUCCAUACAUGCAAAAUGCGUUGAACAUCAGCACAACUUUAUUUGGGUUCUGCUUCCUUCAACUCACGACUCUCAUACAUCGUCGGAUUUGA